GCAAAUUCCCCACUCGAGGUGAAAACAUUCAAGAUGGCGACUUCCAUGCAGACACGCGUCUAUACACACGUGGGCCAAAAUUACUCCGAUGAACAUGAUUCCAGUGACGACGAAGAUAGUUAUGAUUCUGACGCAGAGUUGCAGAACGCAUUUGCUAAAGGACUGCUGAAGCCAGGACUUAAUGUUGUCGCUCAAGGACCCAAGAAAUAUGUCAAUAAUGUGGAAGGGAUAAAGGAAGCCUUAGCUGAGCUUCAGCAGAGCCUGCCAUGGAUUGAAAGAAUGGAUAUCGUUAGUGAUGGUGUAAAGAAGACGGCAACAGAUGUAGAAGAAGAAGAAUCUAUAGCAAAGAAAAUGCCGACAGUCGUCGAUGAUGUGCACGAUGACUUCAAACGAGAAAUGACAUUUUAUCGCCAGGGUCAGUCGGCAGUGUUAGAGGCUGUACCACGUCUACAACAACUUGGUCUAUCAACGAAGAGACCCGAAGAUUACUUUGCUGAAAUGGCAAAGACAGAUGAACAUAUGAGAAAGGUCAGAAAGAAACUCAUCGGCAAACAGCUUGCCAUAGACAGAUCACAGAAGGCUAAGAAAUUAAGAGAACUCAAAAAGUUUGGUAAAAAGGUUCAACAUGAAGUCCUGCUCAAGAGACAGAGAGAUAAGAAAGAAUUAAAUGAGUCAGUCAAGAAGUUUAGACGAGGUAAAAAGGACGCCUUAGACAUUUUAGAAGAUCUGGACCGAAAGCCAGGAAGUAACCAGACAAAAAAACGAGGAGUCCCUGAUGAAAGAUCUGUUAAGAAAAUGGGGAAGGGACAGAAGGGCCAGAAGCGUCAGUACAGAGAUAAUAAAUUUGGAGAAGGCGGAAGGAAGAGAGGAAUGAAGAGAAAUACCAAAGAAAGCUCUUACGAUGAGAGUAAAGGAAAUUCAUCAAGGAGAAUACGAGAACAAGGACCUAAUAUAUACAAGCCCGGUAAGAAGUAUCAGGCUGAACGCAAGAAGCAAAGCAAACGGUUCGGGAAGGCAAAGAGACAACAGAUGAAGUCAAAGAGGUGAAACGUAUAAGAUAUAGAUUGGACCCUCAGGACGUUACUGGCUGUAUUAACUUCAUCUACAGAGUGCAUUGACUCAUUAAAGGCCCUGGACAACUUCGGUAAUUGUCAAAGUUCUUAGAUCGAUCUUAACUUCAAAUCAAUCUUA